UGGGUUUAACCAGACCUGACAGAGGUCCAGGCUUUCCUAGUAGAGGGGGUAGUGAGAGAUUUUAGCUAAACAGAUCACGUCAGACCUGCACCUGAAAACUUUAUGAGACGCCCCGAGGAAGCCUGUGCCUACAUCUCACCCCUGUGUCAGCUGCAUUCAAAUCCUGCAUCAGUAGCUUUUCAAGAAGCUGGGAGCCACAUUUGUUUUCAGAACAGGAGGUCAGAGAGAAGGUUCACAUAGAAUGCUGCAAAGGUUCAGUUUGACCAGUGCAGAGGACAGAAACUGUGGUAAAAUGCAGGGAGCUCCUGGGUGAGUGGGGCUCAGUGGGAGCUGCAAAGCCAGAUGAAGGGCUUUGUCUGCAGUGCCAUGCCCUCGGAUGCUCACAUGGGGUGUGCGUGCUCAUGGGGUGCAGGAGCACUUCUCUGGUUUUACUUUAGAUGUAGACCUUGACCCGUGCCUUUAAUCCCUGUGCUUUGCUCAGACAUCCAUACCAUGGAGAUGCUGUUGGUUCGCUGUGCUUAGGCCUACUUCAUGAGUGGAGACAAAUUUCCUCAUCGUUUCAUAUCAGGAACAGUACCCAAGGCAUGGUUUGCAGAAAGUUAACUCCAGUUAGGCAUGGCUGUGUUGGGAUGGGGUGGGCUCUGGGAGACACCUCAUCCUUACGUGAAACUAGGAGCUAGAGAGUGCUAAGGUCCAGGCUAGGUGUUACACACAUGUGGUGGGACUGUUGCUUCUUGAUCUAAGGUGAACAAGACGUAAGAUUAAAGUCAGUGAGAAAGACACUGAUUCCGUCUGACCCUGAGAGUCCCCCAGGGAAGCAGCACACUGCUUAUUUUGUUUUGAUUCAGUUCCUUUGCUGUGCUAGGAAUGAAGUCCAGGGCUCUGCACAGGGUAGGCAGAUGCCUACUACUGAGCUGCAUCUCCAGUCGCAUGCACAGGACUUUACUGUGCUGGUUUCCCUGUGCAGGAGAAGAGGCUGUAGCGCCCCCUGGGGCUCAGGCUGGUCUCAGGCCUCAGUUUCCACUCCUCCCGGACUUGCAGUAACCUUCUCCUCCAUGUGUAAGAAGCUUUCCAGGGAGUCCCUGACGGGUGUGGAUGUGCUCAGAGAAGAGGCCAAUGAGAUCCUGGAGGAAAUGAGUCACAAACUGCGUAUAGGAGCCAUUCGGUUCUUUGCCUUUGUUCUGAGCAAAGUUUUUAAACAGAUCUUCUCAAAGGUGUGUGUGAAUGAAGAAGGCAUUCAAAAGCUACAACGAGCGAUCCAGGAGCACCCCGUGAUCCUGCUGCCCAGCCACCGGAGCUACAUCGACUUCCUCAUGCUGUCCUUUGUCCUCUACAACUAUGACCUGCCCGUGCCGGUGAUCGCAGCAGGGAUGGACUUCCUGGGAAUGCGAGUGGUGAGCGAGCUGCUCAGGAUGUCUGGGGCCUUCUUCAUGCGACGUACUUUUGGAGGAAAUAAGCUCUACUGGGCCGUAUUCUCGGAAUACGUGAAGACCAUGCUACGGAGUGGUUAUGCUCCUGUUGAAUUUUUCCUCGAAGGGACAAGGAGUCGAGCUGCCAAGACCUUGACUCCUAAAUUCGGUCUCCUGAAUAUUGUGAUGGAACCAUUUUUUAAAAGAGAAGUUUUUGAUACCUACUUUGUCCCAAUUAGCAUCAGUUAUGAUAAAAUAUUGGAAGAAAGUCUUUAUGCGUAUGAGCUCCUAGGAAUCCCUAAGCCAAAGGAAUCCACUACCGGACUGUUGAAAGCUAGACGGAUUCUCUCUGAGAACUUUGGAAGUAUCCAUGUGUACUUUGGAGACCCUGUGUCACUGCGCUCUCUAGCUGCAGGGCGGCUCAGUCGGAACACGUAUAACUUGGUGCCAAGGUGCAUCCCUCAGAAGCAGCCUGAGGAUGUGCAAGCCUUUGUCACUGAAGUUGCCUAUAAGAUGCAGCUUUUGCAAAUUGAAAACCUGGCUCUGAGCCCAUGGCUUCUGGUAGUUGCCAUUCUGCUUCAGAACCAGCUGUGCAUGGACUUCGAUGCCCUGGUGGAAAAGACUCUGUGGCUGAAGGGCUUAACGCAGGUGUUUGGAGGGUUCCUGCUUUGGCCUGAUAACAAACUUCCUGAGGAAGUGGUCCAGUCGAGCAUCCUCCUGCACUCUAACCUGGCCACCCUUGUCAAAGACCAGGUGGUUCUGAAAGUGGACUCUGAAAGCUCACAGAUGGUCAACGGGCUUGUGCCCCAACACAUUGCCUUCCUCAUGUGCUCGGCGUACAGGAACCAGCUGCUCAACGUGUUUGCCCGUCCUUCCCUAGUAGCUGUGGCUUUGCACAUGACUCCUGGGCUCAGGAAAGAGGAUGUCUUCAGUUGCUUUUCCUUCCUCCGCAACGUGUUUUCAGAUGAGUUCAUCUUCCUUCCAGGAAACACACUCAGGGACUUUGAGGAAGGCUGUUACUUGCUGUGUAAAACUGAGGUUAUGCAGAUGACUGGGAAGGACAUCAUCCUCACAGACAAAGGGAAUGCUGUAUUACAGUUCCUCACAGGACUCUUUAAACCUUUUGUGGAAUCGUAUCAGAUACUUUCCAAAUGCCUCUUGCAUGAAGAGGACUACUUCAGUGAGAAGGAGUACUUGGUCACAGCCAGGAAGUUCACCCGCCAGCUUCUGGAUCAAGAUGCCUCUCAGUGUUACGACGCGCUGUCCUCUGAACUUCAGAAGAAUGCCUUAGCAGCCUUCGUGAGACUCGGGGUGGUAGAAAAGAAUAAGGUAGACAGUAAAUAUGUGUAUUAUGUCAACGGGCCUGCCACAAGCAAGUUAGAAGAAAUGCUCGGAUGUAAGAAGCCAAUAGGAAAACCAGCCACUGCAAAACUAUGAUAAUCAUGGAGCAGUUACAGAAAACACAGUUCCAUAAUGACAGUCACAAAGGACUUACUCUGCCACAAAUGGGCGCUGAGAGGAAGAUGUGACGUCUGUCUCCUUGAGACCCGUGAGCCGUGCUUCUGCCAGGAGGAGGAGAGCAUGGGAAUGUCAGUGUGACUGUCCCACCAUGAUGGCUGCCAGCGGCAUUCAUGGCACUGUGUUGUCUAAUAAAGCAGUCUUGAAAAUGUUCUUGGACAGCAGA